AUGCCACCAGCCAUAAAUACCUCCGAGCGUGACGAACGCCUUAGUCUGGUCGAUAACAUCAAAUCUCUAUGGAAAGUGGCGAAUCCUACAGACAUCAUCCCCGAGGUUAUGCGAUAUCCUGGGCAUAUCGGUACUUGGCCUCUACCCAUCCUACGCGCCAUAAGCUACUUGGCUAGUGGUAUGCCGGGUGAUGAGGGACGGGGUCUGUUCGUGCAUCUUCUCAAUAACGGCCACAUGACGAGGAUGACAGACGAGUCGACUACUCAUGAACCGCAGCUACAGUUAUCUGAUCUGGAGUUUGUCCGGGACAGCGUUGAACUGGAACCGGCGGCUGUGACGGUAGAGGAGGAAGCCGCCUCAGUCCAGAACGAUGUUACACAUCCCCAAGAGCGCCCAGAACGAAUACUUCCAGAAGAUGAAGAUGAGCCGGAGACUUUGAAGUUGAAGUUAGAUCUGUGGAUCCAAUACUACUGGAACGUCACUGAUAUCAAAGCCCUUGUUCCCCGGAACAUGCGGCAGCUAGACAAAUUUGGAAAGCCGACCAAUCGGGCGAUGCACAGCUCCAGCGACCACAAGGAUCUGUUGAAGGUACUUUACCAGCUAGCUCGCAUCACAAAAGGUCGAAAGGAUGCAGCAUGGGCGCAGAUAGAAGAGGCGUGGAAGGCAAGAGGAGGCAAAGCGUUUGCAGAAUCAGACGUCAAAGUCGCUCUUGAUCACUUCCGUGACCUACGUGAAGAAGAAGAAGAUGAUGACUCUGUUACCAACAGUCGAAAACAAUUACCUAUUGCACAUUCAAACCCCGACGGCACUACCGGCGAGGAGGGUCAGGAUGGCGCUAUCAACACCCAGCGGGGAAAUCAGCAUCGCGAUGGAAGGCAACGGAAAAGACGACGACGCGAAUCUCGAGCCACCGAACCCGACAGCCACGACAGUGCUGAUCACCAAAUGCUACUGUCCGACGUGGAUGUCGCAGAGGCGGAACACUCGAUGGCUCGCAGCCGACGCUCGUCAGUCAUGGUAAGACGUGACAGCGACCGCACGAGCAUAGCGACCCACGACGCUACGGUUGACGAGGCUGCUUCGAGCUUACAAGGUGCGCGUGGAGCAUCGACCUUACCGCUAAAGAGGAAGAGACGGUAUUCACUAGACGCAGAUGAGACAGAUGUUGAUGAGGAAGGUAGCAAGACGGGUGAUGAUGGAAAAGAUGAGCGUGAGCAUGCGAAACAGGAGCACGUUGAGCUGGAGCCAGAGGAGCAUUCACCUUCAGAAGUGGAUACUACCCCCAAAGAUACUCUUAUCACGAUCGGAGAUGUCAAAUACGAUAUCGACCUCUCGCAAAUACCCUACCUGUCGUCCUUUGCCGAUUUCCAAGCCAAAGCCCAGCCCGACGCCACCGAGUUGGUCCACGGCCCGAUACCUCUUUUCGACGUAGCUUUGAAGGGAAUCCAAUCGGGUUAUCGUCAAUGCUUCAGGAAUCUUCCCCCCGAACUUCAACAGUACCACGUUCUAUGCGAAACAUACGAGUUUCUCGGCAUUAAUGUCCUCGAAAAACGACGUAUCGACCAGAUCUUCAGCGAUCUGAGGCUCUGCAGGAUAGAUUGGGACCCAGAGGAUGAAGAUACCAAGGGUGUUAAGUCGAAAGCACGCGACGCCGCUUUCAGGUUGCUGUAUCUCAUCCUGUUGGGCGAAUUUGAGGAUGGUAAAAUGGAUGGCGACAAGGCGUACAACGCAGUGUUGUUCGUAUUAUCCCAUCCCGUGACGUUCAAGUCAAGGACAAGAACCGUAGUUCGGGCGGCGUAUGAAGAACGUUUUGUUGUCUCGCGGAAGCAGAUAAAGAGACUAGAUCAAUGGCUGAAGGGAGAUACUGCAGAUGAUAGCGAAGACUACACCACUCCAGAGGAGGAAUCGCCCGAGGAAUACUAUGGAUCGGAUGAGUACUAUGAAUCAGAUUGGUCGUAG